AUGCAAAGUGACAUGACCCAAGGACUUACGUUACCGGCGUUUGAUCUAAGAUCUGAUAUCAGACAUCCGUAUUCGUCAAGCAUUGGCUACAAGACGGUAUUAUAUCCAAAUAGUCGACAGCUAUUGAUUUCUAAGAGAGAAGUGAUUCUUAUAAGAGGGUCUACGGUAACUAAGAAAUUGAAGUACGAUGAAGACAUAAUAGCGGCAUCAUAUACGUCAUUCAAUAGUGGUGGAUCAGGGUGUGAUACGAAUCCUACCGAUGCUUUGAUUAUCUGUCUUCGAAAAUCCGCAUACAUUAACUAUCCCGACGGAAGAUCGUACGUAGUAAGCUUUCCAUUUAGCUUGAAAAGUGCAUUACCGUUUGAAUCCGGAAUAAUAUUGGAAAAAGACCUGAAUGUGCCAUCAUUAUCUAGUAUAGAUAAUUUACAUCCACAACAAUUGCAUACCGCAAAGUUUCUAACGUUGGUUGAUCCAAUUGGAGACUUUAGGAUAAUUACUUCAUCGUCGACUUCAAUUAUAUCGCCACAUGAAAGAUUGAUGACAUUUCCAGCCAAGGGUUUAAAUAAAACUUCAACCAUAUGUGCUACAUUCAAUACUCUGGAAAAGACGGUCGUGCUAUAUCAUAUACGAUCUUCCGCUAGGGGAAACAAAAAGCUGGUCACCAACUCAUCGAAGCUCUCGAAACGAAAACAGAGUAUGAUUUCAACCCCAAAUCCGUCGAGGAUUCCUGAAGAUGAAAGUGUGCAUCUUGACCCCAACCAUAAUAAUAACUCCAUUUCAAAUAACAGUCUUCAAAAUGUCAUUUCUAUGAAUAUGGAGAAGAAAAGAACCAGCACCUUGUUAUCUGAUGUAUCAUCCAUAGCUAGGAUGAGCUCGGAUCCAGGUUUUCCUGAUUCUUCCAAAACAAAAUCUGGAUAUUCGUCCUUAGAGUUUGCAGUGUUUCGGAAGGAUAUGAUAUUAACGAAGAUAGACGCGUAUAAGUUGAAUGUGGACAAAUCACAAGUUGAAGUCUAUGGCUUGACGUAUGAAGACCAGGAAGCAAUAGUGAUAAUGAAUAAAUCUAGUAAAGAAGCUCAAGUUCAUAUAUUUCAGCAACUGUCAAGCCAUAUCCCUAGAUAUCAAUUCUGCUAUAGAAUACAAUGCGAGCAUUGUAUUCCACUUAAUAACUCUAAACAUGAAGGGUAUUUAGUGGUUUUGAAAGAUGAGCAUUCGCUUACUUUGGUUAACCCUUUCAUUGAUGUUGUCACAUUAAAUAUCGAUUUGGCUGGAAACUUCCCUCCUAUAAAAAUGUUGCAGUCGUCAUUCAAUGAAGAUGUAGCAUUACUAUCGAAAUCGGGAAAAGCAUAUAUAUUAAAACUACUAUUGGAUCCGUCGAACGAAUUGGUACUCAAGUGUUUACAAUGUUUUAAAUAUCUAUCUGGUUCCAAGAUUAAUGAAACAAUAUGGGUAUUAUGGCGUUCGGCACUUCUGUUAGAUGAAAGGAGAGAUGAUUGGAAUGCGUUUGUCAUUACUUUACUAAGUUUAAUUUACCCGUUUCAAGACGACUUCCCUUCAGGAAUAUCAAAUGAGAUUACAAAGAUGUUACCAAAAGCAAAACAUUUGCAUAGCAUUUCUCAAUUCAAUUACUCCUUUUCUGAUUUAAUUCCCUACGUUGUUAUUUCAUUACAUCUAAUAAGAGAAGAAAUGAAACUUGAUAUUUUGAGUCAAUCUAAUUUAAAUACUAUGGGAAUGUUCUUGACCCAAUUAACUACAUGGAUGGGAUGGCCCGAAUCUUGGAAUAAAUACUAUAUGAUUGACAUGAACAACAUAGAGAAGGUUACAAGAUUCCUCCUGGUUUGUGUUUUAGGAUCACCACCAAACCUACUUGCAUCAUUGACUAGUUUGUUUAGUGAUAGCCUUAUUCCAUACUUGUUCUUUUCACAGUUGGUGGAAGAAAGCGAUACCAUUGAUGAAUUGAUAACUCCAAGAACAUACCAUGUCCUAAAACUAUUCGAAAUAAUUGUAUCACCUCAUUACGAACCUACACAUGUAAUUGAUAUGAUGUGCACAUAUGGAAUUACUAUGAGCGACUUGGAAACUUACCCUCCUGGGAUAUAUAUCCCACUAAAAGAAGCUGUCCUGAUUUGUCAGGAGAAUCCUGCUUUUGAAUGGACUAGCAGAACUCUAGAAUUGGUCGGAAGAAAAGAUUUAAGCAUGUUUUUAGAUACUGAUGCGUUUCAAACUCCAUCUUCUCAUUAUACUGGACUUUCUGGAUCGACGUCUCAAUUAGUCACAAAAGAUAUUAACUAUAUUUUGGCUAACAUUUUUGACAAGAAUGAAUCUGUGGUUGCAUGGGAUGGUCAAUCAGAGGCAGAUAGAAUAAAUAUUACAAAAUUGAUAUUUGACUAUGAUAGACGGUAUUAUGAAAUAACGACCUUACUUCACCAAACGAAGACUCAAUCAGCGACAUUAACCACUGAUGAAGAUAUCAGCGAGUAUGAUAUGUUCAUUUUGCAAAGAGAACUAGCAGCUCUUGUGGCUCUUAGAACUCUAACUAUACCCUUAGGUAGAGCUGCAUUGUUUUACGCUGGUAGAAUGCCAUUAUUGACAGAGAAAUUCCCAAUUCCAAAAUUCAGUUUCAGUACACUAAUUGCACCAACAAUGACAAAUAUCAUCUUGUCCAAGGGAGCCAUAAGUGAUAAUAUUUCUGAGUGGGGAUAUUUCCAUAAUGGUGUUUCGUCCGGGUUGAGUAUCAGUAAGGACUCAAAAGGGAUUUCUGGCAGUUGGAUAAUUUUUAAUAAACCACCAGAACUAAAUUCACAGCAUGCUGGCUUCUUAUUAGGAUUAGGUCUUAAUGGACAUCUCAAAAAAUUAGAGGAAUGGCAUAUUUAUAAUUAUUUGGGUCCAAAGCAUCCAUUAACAAGUGUGGGUCUUUUAGUUGGUAUGGCCGCUAGUAUCAAAGGAUCCAUGGAUAACAAAUUGACAAAGGUCUUGUCCGUUCACGCAGUUGCAUUAUUACCGCAAGGUGCCAAUGAUUUGAAUGUUCCUAUCAUGGUUCAAACUGCAGGAUUAAUAGGAAUUGGAUUGCUUUAUCUUGAAAGUCAGCAUCGUCGGAUGAGUGAAAUAUUACUUUCACAAAUCACUAGUUCCGUAUUUCAGAAUGAUACUGAACAAAUUCAUGAAGGGUAUCGUUUAGCAGCUGGAAUUGCUUUAGGGUUUGUAAACUUGGGUAAGGGUAAUGACUUAAGAGGUUUAAAUGAUACACAUGUUAUAGAUAAACUAUUAGUGCUUGCCAUAUCUAUGAAAGAUUUCCAGUCAAUUCAAGAAUUAGACAAAUCUUGUUGUGGAGCUAUUAUUGCCCUAGGAUUCAUUUAUAUGAAAACUGAAAAUAUCGCAAUAGCCAAUAAAUUGGAAGUACCAAAUAAUGAACAAUUAUUGGAUUAUAUUAGACCUGACUUGCUUCUAUUAAGAUGUGUUGCAAAGAACCUCAUCAUGUGGGAAUUCAUAGAUAACUCAAUUGAAUGGGUGAAUAAUGAAAUUCCGAGACCAUUGUUAGAAAAAUAUUCACUUGAUAGUAUCGAUUCGCUAGAUAGUGACCAGUUAGGGUAUUUCAAUAUUCUAGGUGGUGCAUGCCUUUCAAUCGCUAUUAAAUAUGCUUCAACCCACGACAAGAAGGCUCGUGAUACGUUAUUAUAUUUCUUGGAUAAGAUGAUGGUUAUUUCAGUAGCUCCUGUCAAUAACUAUGAUCAAAGAAUGGCAUAUCAUUGCGCCAAUAAUACUCAAGAUCUAAUCGCAUUGAGUUUAUCUAUUAUUAUGGCUGGGAGUGGAGACCUAGAAACUUUCAGAAGACUAAGGAUCCUACAAGGGGAAACUAAUAAAGAUAUGGGUUAUGGUAAUUAUAUGGCAAUAAACACCGCCUUAGGGUUUUUAUUCUUAGGUGGUGGGCAGUAUGCAUUCAGCAAAUCAAAUUUUGCAAUUGCCUCCUUAGUCGUAUCCUUAUACCCAAUUUAUCCAAAUGAGAACAGCGAAUACGAAGUCCACCUACAGGCGCUAAGACACUUCUGGGCGUUGUCAGUUGAACCUCGAUGCUUAAUUAUUCGAGACGUAAAUACUCGCAAGCCCUGCAAGGUUCCAGUGACUAUCACAAUGAAGAAUGGAGAAGUCAAAGAAACGUUAUCGCCAUAUUUGUUGCCCAAUCUAAGUGAUAUAUUAAUGAUAUCAACUAAUUCACCCGAUCAUUUCAACGUUCAGAUCGACUUCCAAUUAAAUUCAGAGUAUUUGGAAAUAUUUAAGAAGACCCUCACCAUAUUUGUAUAUAAAAGACGUAACUAUCAACUUUUAAAGACUUCAAUUGGAACCUUGUUAAAGAAUGAAAACAAAAAGCUCCAGAUUGAUAAUGGUGAGGUCAGCAUAAAUAGCGAUGUCUCAAAAUUGCUAGGCUUGAAGUUUAUGGAGAAGCUCAAUACCUUCGAAAAGCAGAUUUUUCUCUACGAGAGCAGUGAUAAUGAUGGAGAAUACGACUCCCUUACCAACAAUUCGGGCUUAUCUAUUUUCAACAUCAUUGAUAAUAAGAUUGAAAUGCAAUUAAUGGCUACAAAACCGAAGACUAUUGAUGAUUUAUGGAACUUAAAGCUCAUUUUUGCAUUUACCGAUAGGCUACUCACAGAAAAUUUGCAUUUCAUUAGUUUGGGCUUUAUAGAACAGCUUAAGCAGAAUGUUUGGAAAUUAUCCAAUUCAUAG